AAAAAAUAAAAAUGGAAUGGUCAUUCUCUUCGGGGAUUAUUUCGAUUUUUUAUUUGCUGAAAAUAACAUGACGUUUAUUAUAUUUGGAAUCGGCAUUCACCAACUUAGGAUCAUUCCUUCCCAAAAUCUUUCCAGCAAAUAAAUCAAUAAUUCCUUAUCGAAAUAAACUGCAAUUCUAAGUGCUUACUCUUUCCCACUCCAUUAUUCUCUCUUGUUGCAGCUGAGGAUCCAGUUCUCAAGUCCCAACUUAUUAUUUGGAGAUACUAGGCCAUGUCUGGAAAGCUCAAGAAGUGCAUGAUGCUAUGCUGUUCAGGACAGGUCACGAAAGAGGACAUGGGGACAAACGGGUCUAAUGUGAAUUCAUAUGAGGAAGCCAUUGCUGGACUCAAGAAACUUCUCAGUGAAAAACAUGGGCUGGAGGGGGUUGCGGCCACAAAGAUCAAGCAAUUAACGGCGGAGCUGGAGGGGACCGCCGCCAAAGCGUUCAAUCCGGUGGAGAGGGUCAAAACCGGUUUCGCUCACUUCAAGAAGGAGAAAUUCGAGAAAAAUCCUGCUUUAUAUGGUGAACUUGCCAAAGGCCAGAGCCCCAAGUUUAUGGUAUUUGCUUGCUCCGACUCCCGUGUCUGCCCUUCUCACGUCCUGGAUUUCCAGCCAGGGGAGGCCUUCGUAGUCCGGAACAUUGCCAGCAUGGUCCCUCCAUUUGAUCAGACAAAAUAUGCAGGGGUGGGGGCGGCAAUUGAAUAUGCUGUAUUGCAUCUAAAGGUGGAGACUAUUAUGGUCAUUGGACACAGUUGUUGUGGAGGAAUAAAGGGCCUCAUGUCUAUCCCAGAUGAUGGGACCACUGCUAGUGAAUUUAUUGAGAAUUGGGUCAAAAUAUGUAUGCCUGCUAAGUCAAAGGUGCAAGCAGAGUGCAAAGGCUUGGAUUUUGGCGAACAGUGCAAGAAUUGUGAGAAGGAGGCUGUGAAUGUGUCCUUGGCAAACCUUUUGACCUACCCAUUUGUGAGAGCUGGUUUGUUGAAGAAAACUCUGACUAUAAGGGGAGGACACUACGACUUUGUUAAGGGCAGUUUUGAGCAAUGGAGUCUUGACUUUGGCGUUACCCCUUCGCUUUCUGCAUAAUUAUCCUCUCUACCUCCAUGUUUAAGUUCAUGCAGUAAAGUCUGUACAUGUUUUCCAAGCCAAAAUGUACAUCAUUUUGGCAACAAUAAAGUGCCAGCAACUUUCUGGCUUAUUAUAUGUAGGCUUUCUUCUUUUGUUAAUUACUACUAGUAUAUGCCAAUUUUGAUGGGUUGUAGUAGUUUCUUUCACUUGGACUUUCUUCUUGGAACAAGGUAAUAGAAAGGAACUUUUUUAUUA